CUCAUUACAGUCAUUAUUUCGAAAUUGCGGAAGAAACAUUCAAAAACUUUAAUGGAAUUGUCAUAGCAGUAUGAGAGUUAAUUACUUACAAUAUCAGUACUGGUGAUCUGGAAUGCUCGUAUUGGGAACUUAAGUGUAUAACUUCAUUGGGUGGGUGGAUCCUUGGAGAUUUUAUGUGCCAAACAUUUGGUUUCCUGAAUCUUAUUCUAACCUCUGGUAAUAUAUGGGUCAUGGCGAUAGUAUCCAUUGAAAGAUACCACAGAUUCCUGGCUGUACUUGACCAUCCAUCAACAUUUUCUCCAAGAAACGUUAAUAUAAUAAUAUGUGGCAUUUACAUUCUGGUUGUACUGUUGUCCUCUGGACCACUCUAUGGACUUGGUGAAUAUUCCUAUUUCAGAGGCCAUAUCAAUCUUACAGUGACAAUUAACAUGUAUUCUAACAAUCAAACAACUGUUGCAUCAAAUUUUGACAUGACAUCAUACUAUCUUGCAACAUUCCAAAAGUCUGUGAUGCAAGGAAAAGAACAUGAUCCAAAAACAUUAAUAUCAAACCAUUUUCUCUCUGACAUGGGAGUUUCCGCCCGUGUAAUAGUAUCAUCAGUCAUCAGUAUUAUUGUUAGGGCAUAUAACAUUGAGAGCAUUCAAGCAUUUUGGACAAAUUAUAAUGAUGGAUCAGUGAAGCAAUUGCUGCGUUCAUUGUUAUGGAAACCAUACUUAGGUCAAUCGAUAGGUGCCACAAGUAUGGAAAUUACCACGCAUGCGGACGAAAAUCAAUAUUAUCUGUAUACCAAUGUGUAUCUUGAAUCUCAAGAAAUAGGAAUGUGUAGUGUUGAUUUUACUUCAUAUAACAGUCAUGCCAUCAUAUGGUCUGGGUACCAGUUAGUGAUUUCAACAUUUAUUCCAUACGUCAUUAUUUUUGUAUGUUACGUGACAGUUUAUGCGAAAAACCCACGUUCUGCAAUGGUUCUUGAUAAAAACGUCAACGAAGACGAUAUUUUUGUUCUGAACUGGUUUAGUUCAGCAUCUAUUUUGUGUCUUGUAGUAACGUUCAUUUACUAUUUAGUAAUUCUUAUUAAUGCAAAUGGAAUAUUCGUUUCAUCAGAUGCUUUAUUUGCAAUAAGUUUUAUCUUUUAUGGGAAUGGACUAUUUUGUUUAAUAAGUCUAUUCAUAACGAACAGAUGUCAGUGUCACAGAAUACAGACAAAAUGUAGACUUCUUUGUUAUUGUUCUGAUGAAGGAUCUGCUUAUGAAUUAUCAGAUUUAUCUCUCAGAAACGAAACAAUGGAAAUACUGUCACAGAGUUCUGCGAGGCAUCCAAGCUAUGUUUAGAUUAUCAUAUGAUUACACCAUAAACAUCGAACUUAUCUUCUUUUCUUUUCAAAUAACAUUCUGCCUUCAUAUUUAAA